AUGUCUGAUCAAGGAUCGCAGACGGAGGAGACAUCUCUCCCAUCUUCUGAAGAGAUCGCGACUCAGACUGAUGAUGAGGAAAGGGAAGGGACGCACAGCAGCAAAAGUGCAGCAAACAAAAAUACACCAACAAACGAGGUUUCACAGAAGAUUGAUGACCUUGAAUGCACCAUUCAAAUUCUACAUGAGCAGCUAGAGAAGCUUGCAAAUGAAAAUAUUUCCAGCUCUGUAUGUCCGGACUGUAAGUGCAACCGGGCUGUUCUGGAUUGCAAGCAGGACUCUUGUAAUUCGAAGGUGGAACCAAAGGAAGCCAACACCCGUCAAGCAGAGAACUUCACUGAGAUCUCAAGACAGCAAAAGAAGGGAGACGUCUGGAAUGAUUCAGGGCAUGGAGAUGUGGGUCUUUGCCUCUCAGGCGGCGGACGCGAUGGUCCAGUAAAAGUUUUGUCGAUUUCUCCGGACGGUCCAAUAGGCAGGAGCGGAGCUGAGAUUCCCAUAGGGUCUCGGAUAGUCUCAGUGGACGCAAGAAAAGUCGAACUCGAACAUGAGGCCUCUCAGGUUCUAGAAUGGUUAAGAGGACCCAAUGGAAGCUCCGUGCAGAUAGACUUGAUGAAGCCAGAGGCUGGCAAGGAUGAUGAGAUAGUCUCGAUGAAAGUUGUUCGUGGCUCGCCGCAGUUCUUGGACAGCAUCCUGAAGGAAUCUUGCAACCAAGAGCAGCUUGCGAUCGAGUCUCACAGGCUAAGUGGAUGGGCGACACGCUACCGGAAGAGCAAGUGCGGGCGGAGUCUGACGCAAACUGAGUUGGCUGAGACGACCCCGACCCCGCGGCCAACAAGAGAUUUCGACUUGAUGCGGAAGAAAAGACACAAGUCGCAGGACGGGACGGCUCGAGCUCAUCCUGCUGCUGCAUUGGCUUCCUCUGCCUUAAGUCAGGUGAUAGAUAGGUGCGUGUCUGAGGUCAUGGUCCGGGUCACUCCAGCACUCCUCGAUGGCGGGGAGCGGCAGAGGGACAAGACGGAGAUCCACGUCCACCUGCAUGGCAUCACUUCCUCGUCAGCACAUCCUGCGGCUGGUGACGCAGCAAGCCAGCCAACGACACAAGGGCAUGCUUGCAGUAUCAACCAGGUAAAUGGCACACAGAAUCGAGAAAACAUCUCAUCCAAUCCGUUGAGCUCAAUGACAAAGCCCAGCACAAUUCCUGCUGCUCCGCAUCCUGCCCCACCACCACCACCACCUGCUCCACCACCCCCUCCUUUUGGUCAACAAGCUUCUUCACCCUUGAAGGGAGCUGGCAACCCUCCAGCGAGCCCCUUCAACGGUCGGCCGGAUAUUGUUUCCGCUCUUCAGAGCAGCCCAAUGUUUCACAAGAUGAGGGCGAAGCUUGACAAGGAGUCAAAUCCUCGUACUGAGGGAGUUUGA